AUGGGCAAGUCGGCAAAGUUUGGACGGGCGGGGAAAACCAAGAAAGAGCGAGACCAGAUCAAAAUUGCCAAAAACUCUCGGAUAACGAAAUCAUCAACUACAUCCGCCACAGCGACACAUAUCAGUACAAAGAUCAACCAAGAAGUAAUCCAACAAUCCACAGAUAAGACCUCCCCAAAACUCCCGCAAACCACAUCAAAACCCAAACACUCCACGAAAGAUCGUGAUGGCGACGUAGUAAUGGCCGGUAGCGAGACUGACAGGAAGAUUCAAACUAAAGGGAAGCGAUAUAUCUUGGAAGGUCGUGUGGAUUAUGUUAGUCUAAUGAACUCGAGACGAUCGGCCAAAGCACUGCUCCACACAAAGGAUAGGAUAGUUCAGCGACGAUGA